GUGGGGGCGGCCCCCACCGCCGAGAGGAGCAGCAGCCACCGGCGUCCAGGGAAUGAGGAGGUACCUCAGCAGGCCGCCCCCAGCCCAAGGCUGUGCCUCCUCCAGACGAAAGCCAUGUGGGGUCGGGAGCUGUUCCUGGCGUGGUGCCUGGUGCUGGCAGCGGGCCGCACCCAGCCCGUCUACAGGCCAGGCCGCCGGGUGUGCGCCGUCGGGGCAGCCAGGGGUCCCGUGUCCGAAUCCUUCGUUCAGCGCGUAUACCAGCCCUUCCUCACCACCUGCGAUGGGCACCGUGCCUGCAGCACCUACCGAACCCUCUACAAGACCGCUUACCGCCGCAGCUCUGCCCCCGCCAGGCCCCGCUAUGCCUGCUGCCCCGGCUGGCAGAGAACCAGCCGGCUUCCCGGGGCCUGCACAGCAGCCGUGUGCCAGCCACCAUGUCAGAACGGAGGGAGCUGCGUCCAGCCCGGCCAGUGCCACUGCCCUGCAGGGUGGCAGGGCGACGCCUGUCAGACAGAUGUGGAUGAGUGCAGCGCUGGGGGAGGCGGCUGUCCCCAGGGCUGCGUCAACACGGCGGGAAGUUACCACUGCCAGUGCAGCAAGGGCCACGGCCCCUCAGCCGACGGGAGGCUCUGCGUGCCCGAGCGCAGGCCCCCCAGUGUGGCCCCGAGCCCCACAACAGGCGUGGACAGUGCCGUGAGGGACGAGGUGCGGCGGCUGCAGGCCAGGGUGGACGCACUGGAGCAGCAGCUGCAGCUGCUGCUGGCCCCACUGCACAGCCUGGCCUCGCGGGCGGCCGAGCCGGGCCUACAGGACCCCAGCAGCCUGCUGGCUCACUCCCUGCAGCGGCUGGACCGCAUGGACUCCCUGAGCGAGCAGAUCUCCUUCCUGGAGGAGCAGCUGGGGUCCUGCUCCUGCAAGAAGGAGCUAUGACAGCAACGGCUCAGCCUGUGCCUGUUCCCCGUUGGAUGCAGCCACGGGCCCACCUGCCCCGCAGCCCACCCCCCUCUCGUCUUCCUCAGGAGGCCCCCAGGGCUCAGGCACGGGGUGGGGUCCCCCAUGACUCCUGGGGACAGGUACAAAGUUCCCUGGCUGCUGGAGGUGCUGUGGGUGGGGGGCUCCUACCCCCUGUCCAGUGUCAGAAUAAAAACGUGACUU